UCCUAGACAAAGAAUGAAAACAAAUUUCAAGACAAGAAAACAGAAAAAAAGGGUAGAAAUGGGCACUUCUUCUCACAAAUUCCAUGUUCCUUCAACAGACAAAAGGACACCAAAACCAAACCCUUCACGACAAAAUCUCCUCUCACGCUUACUCCACAACGUUGCCAUGUAACAAAUGCCUCCAAAACUGACUAAUCUUUUAACUCUCUCUUCCUUAAAUGCAACCGAACUAUGUACUCUCUCCAUCUAUUUAUUUUGUUGACAAGAUUUUUUGAGAGAAAAGAUUGAGCGUUCUGGGCUCGUUGUGGGAAUUUGCAUGCGGGGUUUUGUAGGUUUUUGGUGAAUCGAAAAGCCCAGCAAGGAAUUCAGAAAUCUUGGCCGGGAAAAAAUUCAUUUGUUCGAUGAUAAUUUGAAUCUGUCAUUUGCUUCCCAGGAAAGGUGCCCUUUUUUUUUUUUUUCAGUUUUUGCUGUCCAUUUCAAGAAAUUGUUUGAUUGCACAAAUGUUUCAAGAAGAUGGAUCAUCGUCUGUAACUUCAUCGCCCCUCCAAAUGUUUCCUAUGAUGUCUUUAUCACCUGGUUUGACGUCUCCAUAUCCAUUGCUCAAGGAGCUGAAACCUGAAGAGAGGGGUUUAUAUUUAAUUCAUCUGUUAGUCACUUGUGCUAAUCAUGUAGCAUCCGGUAGCCUAGAAAAUGCAAACAUAGCCCUUGAUCAAAUUUCACAUCUUGCAUCACCCGAUGGCGAUACCAUGCAGCGCAUUGCUUCGUAUUUUUCGGAGGCUCUAGCUGAUAGGAUUCUUAGAACCUGGCCUGGUGUUUAUAAGGCAUUUCGCUCCACCAGAAUUUCCGUUGUUGCUGAGGAAAUCCUUGUGAAGAAAAUGUUUUUUGAGUUUUUGCCAUUUAUGAAGGUGGCUUUUGUGAUCAGUAACCAAGCGAUUAUUGAAGCAAUGGAAGGAGAGAAGAUGGUUCAUGUCAUUGACUUAAAUGCGACUGAACCGGCACAAUGGUGUGCGCUCAUUCGAGACCUGAGCGCUCGGCCCGAAGGUCCCCCUCAUUUGAGGAUUACAGGGAUUUCUCAGCAAAAGGAGGUGUUGGAACAGAUGGCUCAUAUAUUGAUCGAAGAGGCUGAAAGGUUGGAUUUGCCGUUUCAGUUCAACCCUGUUGUAAGCAAAUUAGAGAAUCUCGACAUUGAAAAGUUGCGCGUCAAAACAGGGGAGGCUCUAGCAAUUAGUUCAAUUAUGCAAUUGCAUUCCCUGUUAGCUUCUAAUAAUGAUGUUAGAAACAGGUCACCGUCAACGCCGAUAAAUGCUAUUGGUAUUCACUUGCAAAGGGUUGCACAAAUGAACCAGAAUACGUUAGGGGACUUGCUGGAGAAGGAUAUGAUUAGUGGUUAUAGCCCGAGGAAUGACUCGGCCUCUUCAUCACCACUAUCUCCGACGUCCUCUCCAUAUAUUGAUACUUUUCUUAGUACUUUAUGGGCUUUGUCUCCUAAGGUUAUGGUGGUGAUGGAGCAAGACUCAGAUCACAAUGGGAAGAGCUUGAUGGAAAGGCUGUCAGAGUCAUUGUACUUUUAUGCUGCAUUAUUUGAUUGUUUGGAAUCUGCUCUGCCAAGAGCAUCUUUGGAGAGACUGAAGAUGGAGAAGUCGCUUUUAGGCGAGGAGAUUAAGAAUAUCAUAGCAUGUGAGGGAGCCGAGAGGAAACAAAGACAUGAGAAGCUUGAAAAGUGGAACCAACGAUUUGACCUGGCUGGUUUUGGAAAUGUUCCGCUGAGCUAUUACGCUAUGUUGCAAGCAAAGAGGUUGUUGCAAAGCUUCAACUGUGAUGGUUAUAAGAUCAAAGAAGAGAAUGGGUGCGUUGUGAUUUGCUGGCAAGAUCGACCCCUUUUCUCAGUUUCGGCAUGGAGAUUUAGGAGGUGAAAUCUUGGUUGAUUCACAGUAUUUUCAUGCUUUUUUUCUUCUUUGUUGUUAUCUGUAGAGGAACAACUUGAUCCUGUUAGAUGUAGGAUUUUCAGUGAUCAACUGUUUGAUCUCUCUGCUCUUUUCUAGACCUGUUUUUAGUUUUUACUGACUUCAGCUUCUGUAGAUAGAAGUUCAACUCAAUGGUUUGUGUUUGAAAAUCUCCAUAUCCUCUGUAUUUAAAUUUCAGCUUCUUUCA